UUGUGCAUCUCCCUAUUCAUCUCUGUUGUGCAUCUCUACUCAUUUCUGGUCAUGCUUCAUGAAAGUAUUUCUGACUUAUUUUAUUGCAUUUUAUAAAUCGUGUUUAUGCUUUCAGUUUGAUGAAAAGCAUUUGUUUUAUCGUAUGAAAAUAUAUUUCUGUUGUAAUCGUUAUGUAACUUAUAGAACACUAUGAGUGGAGUAAGGUGCAUUUCGAGUAGUCCUACCUUCGGAAUAUCUAGAAAGAUAUUUUACAAUUUAUCCACACACUGGCAUAAAAGGCACUGUAUCUUAGAGAAAAAGUCUUUAGCUUUGCACAGUUUUAAUACAAGAUCUAAUAUUCAUAAUGCAACUCGACAUUUUUGUGGUGCUAUCAAUAAAGCAGAAAGUUCAUCUGAGAAGAAAAAAAUUAAAAAAAUUAACUUUGCUGAAGGACCAGAUUUGGUUGACUUUAUAUUGAAUGAUAAAAGAAGUUCAAAACUUUCUACUGAAGCUGAGCAGAUUCCAUAUGUAAAACCUUUUCAUGGAAACAAUCGCAAAGUAUACUUUGACAUCUAUGGGUGCCAAAUGAAUGUAAAUGAUACUGAAGUAAUCUGGUCCAUACUUGAAGCAAAUGGCUAUUCAAAAACUGAUGAAUUACUUGAUGCAGAUGUAGUACUAGUGAUAACAUGCUCUAUCAGAGAUGGUGCAGAACAGAAAGUAUGGAAGAGAUUAGAAUAUAUAAAAAGUAUCAAGUUAAAGAAAAAACAAAUAUUGAAGAGAGAGAUGAGGAUUGGUUUAUUAGGUUGCAUGGCUGAAAGAUUAAAGCAACAAGUGGUUGAGAAGAAUAAACUAGUCGAUCUGGUAGCUGGACCAGACAGCUAUAAAGAUUUGCCACGGCUACUAGCUAUUACUGAUAAUAACGAGAUGGCUAUUAACGUUAUGCUGUCAUUCGAUGAGACUUAUGCUGAUGUUAUGCCUGUUAGGUUAAAUCCAGAUGCGGUAACAGCUUUCGUGAGCAUUAUGAGAGGAUGUGACAACAUAUGUACAUAUUGUAUAGUACCAUUUACCAGAGGAAGAGAAAGAUCCCGGCCAAUAACUAGCAUCUUAGAUGAAAUACGCCAUUUGUCUGACGAAGGUGUAAAAGAAGUGACACUUCUAGGUCAAAAUGUAAAUAGUUACAGAGAUAUUUCCAAAUCUGAAUUUUUCACGGGUACCACACACGUAACGAACCUAGCUAAAGGAUUCAAAACUGUAUACAAGAGUAAAAUAGGUGGCUUGAGAUUCAGUGAUCUUCUGGACAAAGUUUCACUUAUCAAUUCGGAAAUGCGGAUUAGAUUUACGUCACCGCAUCCAAAAGAUUUUCCUGACGAGGUAUUACAAUUAAUUGCUGAACGACCAAACAUAUGUAACACUUUACACUUGCCAGCACAAAGUGGAAAUUCUCGUAUUUUAGAACGCAUGAGACGUGGAUACUCUAGAGAGGCAUAUUUAGAAUUAGUAGAACACGUGCGCACUAUAAUACCAAACGUAUCGUUAACGAGUGACUUUAUUGUUGGAUUUUGUGGUGAGACUGAAGAGGAAUUUAAUGACACAUUAUCAUUAAUGGAAAUAGUCAAAUACAAUAUGGCUUAUAUGUUCGCAUACAGUAUGAGAGAGAAAACUAAAGCUCAUAGACGAUAUGAAGACGACGUAAGUGCAAAGGAUAAAUCGUAUCGCUUAAAAAAAUUAAUACAGCUCUACCGAACAGAGGUUGAGAAGAUAAACCAGGCUCAGAUAGGACAACAACAAUUAAUUCUCGUAGAAGGGAUAUCUAAAAGAGGAAAUAAUUUUCAAGGACGUAAUGACGGCAAUACGAAGGUAAUUAUUCCAAAUGGAGCAAUACCUGAGAAUUGUCAUAGUGUAAAUUCAAAAUCGAUAAUGCCUGGCGAUUAUGUGGUUGUUCAAAUUUGCAAUGCGAAUUCGCAACUACUCACGGGAAUACCAUUGUAUCAUUCAUCCAUCAGCGAAUUCACGAUCUCGGAUUGUGAUAACCGAAAACACAGAGCAGUUAAAUAAAUGACGUAAAACACUUAAAACUAAACAAACGUAGAGAACAAUGAUUUUCUGAAAAUGUAUUUUCAUCAUUGUUGUCAAAAAGUACAUUGUACGUACAUAUAUGAAAAAAAAGGUCGAUAUACAUACUGUUAUUCACACAAAAAUAAAUAGUUCUUCCUUAUACUGUAA